AUGGCCGAAUCAUCAUUCAAGACGAAGACAAUGAAGAGGAAGAAUGUCAAGGGACUUGCCCUCAGUGCGCCUCAGCCAAAGGCCCAGGCUCCCUCGGCUGGCGACUCACAGAUUCCCGGUGCGCUUGGAAACGACGAUGAUCGAACGGAUACACUAGAGAUUGGAGUCGAGUUUCGGUUGGACCUGAAGGCAGAGGACCUCAUAGUUCUGAAAGAGCUAGGGUCAGGAAACGGGGGAACGGUCAGCAAAGUCCAGCAUGCUGCCACCAAGGUGAUCAUGGCAAAGAAGAUCAUCCACGUCGAAGCAAAGAACGAGGUGCGGAAGCGGAUAGUAAGAGAGCUGAGAAUCAUGCACGACUGCAACUCGGAUUACAUCGUCGCCUUCUACGGCGCGUUCCAGAACGACACAGGCGACGUCAUCAUGUGUAUGGAGUAUAUGGAUGUUGGCUCCCUAGAUUGGGUUUCCAAGACAUUCGGGCCAGUGCGAGUCGACGUUUUAGGAAAGAUUGCUGAAGCCGUACUCGGGGGCCUCUCCUACCUAUACGCUGCACACCGCAUCAUGCACCGCGAUCUGAAGCCGUCCAACAUCCUCGUCAACUCUCGCGGUAGCAUCAAGCUUUGCGAUUUCGGUGUAUCGAGCGAGUUGGAAGGCUCGAUUGCAGAGACCUUUGUUGGGACUGGCACAUACAUGGCCCCUGAGCGGAUACAAGGAUCACGAUACACGGUCAAGUCAGACGUCUGGAGUGUUGGAUUGUCGUUGAUGGAGCUAGCCAUUGGCAAGUUUCCCUUUGGCAACAGCGACAAUGACGACGAGCCUGGUGGUCCUCAAGGUAUCUUGGACUUGCUGCAGCAGAUUGUCCUCGAACCUGCACCUAAGCUCCCCAAGAGCGAUGCAUUCCCAUCAAUCUUGGAGGACAUGAUUGCGAAGUGUAUGUUGAAGGAACCCGAACAGCGCCCAACGCCCAAGGAGCUCUAUGUAAUACAGGAAUCUGAUCCGUUUCUGCUUGCCGCGAAACGUACGCCAGUGGACCUAGAGGCUUGGGCAGUCAGCAUGAUGACCCACCAGAAUCGCAAAUCCCACCUUCCUCCGGCAUUGUCUCCUGCGACCAAGGAACUUCUACGGGAUAGGUCGCCUCCGUCGUCUGCGAAUUCUACCGCAAGGACACCCACCUCAAGCGAGUCGGUUCCAUCCGACACCAACGGCGUAGGACCAGCUCCAACUCGGCCCUCGUACCCAGUCAGGACCUCCAGUGCAACUAGCCAGAACACAAUGGCUCUUCCACUCCGCCCAGCACCACCUCCAGGAGGACCGCUACCGCAAGCUCCUCGCAGGUGGGACCGGGAGGUCUGAGAGUCAUCAUAAAAUCAGGGAGGAAGUUUCGCUCGGCGAACAAGCAGC